AAACGAACGUUCGCUUUGUAGUCGUUUUGUGCCGUUCCGUUAUUGCGUGUGCGUUUGCGGACUGUUUUGUUAUUUUAAAAUAAAUUGCGAGUCAAACAAGACAUCGAACUUGAGAUACACAGAGUUUGUUCCAAUUUUAGUGCCGCCCAUUUUAUUUGCUUUUCAUGACUGGAUUGUAGUCUUUUGAAUAUGAGUUUAGCAGACACAGACAUGGCCACAAAUAUCACCAACUGGCAAUCGGAAGAUCGUGGCGAUAUGGAAAAGGUUUUAGCCAUGAUAGUCCUAGGCCUUGGCAGCCUGUUCUCCGGCAUGUUGCCUGCGUUUAUAUCAGAGCGUAAUCGUCAACGGUUUCCACUAACAACAUCGCUUCUGCUGUGCUUUGGAGCUGGCAUUUUGAUAGCCACAGCGCUUGUGCAUAUUUUGCCAGAGGUGCGCGAGCAAAUGAACUCGAAAUUUGCGGAAGUUGCAAUGUGUGGAGGGUUCUUUAUAAUAUACUUUAUAGAUGAGUUCAUUCACUAUUUCUUUGGCGAGGCCAUACAACACACACAUGAGCAGUUCCCAGCAACAGGUGGACACCACAACAGUCGGGGGACAAACGCAAAUCAAAAUAAUGCCUACGGAGCAAUUGACGAAAGUGCACCUUUGCUUGCCUCCGAUUCAGCAGCGUCUUCCUCGCACCAUAAUAACCAUCACGGUCAUGUUCAUAAUCAUCAAGAUCGAAGCUAUGCUGCCGUUUCCGGCUGUGACGAUAAUAGCGUUGAGGAUGCAAAUGCACGGAUUUGUCAUACCAGUCAUACGGAACCCUGUGCUCAAUCCAUGACAGGCACAUUGGGACUCUUUGUGGCGCUCUCUUUGCACUCGGCUAUUGAGGGAUUGGCAAUCGGUGUACAAAACUCGGCCACUAAGGUGCUCUUUUUACUUGGGGCCGUUGCGUGUCACAAGUUUGUGAUGGGCUUCUGUCUGGGUCUCGAGUUUCGCUCCAAUCCAAGCGCCACCAUACGGUCCCAAUUCAUUGGCAUUUCAGUAUUUGCCUUGGGUGCCGUUGGUGGCAUUGGAUUAGGCAUGCUUAUCGUCGACGUGCCCGCAGCCUGGUCCAAAACCACGUUGCCUAUUGUACAGGCACUUGCCGGAGGCACUCUCUUCUAUGUAACGGUUUGUGAAGUUAUACCGCGCGAAAAAGCACGAUGGCAUAGAAAUCUCGAUCGUCGCUGGGCGGGAUUUGCGCAGUUUGCAAUUGUCUUCAUUGGCUUCGCAACAAUGUGCCUUAUAAAUUAUUAUCUCGCUGAUGACUAAGAAUCUCAGCAUGCAGUGACUUGCUAUACUAUACAACUAGUUUUCUAAGCAAAAAUUGUAAUUUUAAUGUUCCUUUUUAACGUGUUGUUAGAUGGUUAAAGUGAUGCUAUUUUUGUAAUAAAUUGUUUUUAAUUUUGCGUAA